AUGGCGCACAUCCUUGUGGAACACGAAAUCAACGCUUCCGAUCCUAUGCCGCGUGAUUACCUGCAACCAGUCAAGGAGCUUUGGGUCGAUGGCGGCGUUAAGCAAGCCAUUGCCAAGGGCAAUGAGUUUGCCCUCCACGACAACUUGGCAUACUUUUGCGAUGAUUUGGACCGCAUCUGGAGCGACUCCUACGUACCGACAGACCAGGAUUUGCUGCGCUCGAGGUUGCGAACGACGGGUAUCACCGAAACUGUUUUCGACCUUGGCCAACUGACAUACCGCAUGUUUGACGUUGGCGGUCAGCGCUCAGAACGAAAGAAGUGGAUUCACUGCUUCGAGAACGUGAACUGCCUGCUCUUCCUCGUCGCCAUUUCUGGAUACGACCAGUGCUUGGUUGAAGACAAGGAUGGCAACCAAAUGAACGAGGCUCUCAUGCUGUGGGAGUCAAUCGCCAACUCGCACUGGUUCACCAAAUCGGCUUUGAUUCUGUUCCUCAACAAGAUGGAUCUUUUCAAGGAGAAACUCCCCAACAACCCCAUCACAUCACACGGCUUCACCGAUUACCAUGGGCCUGCCGACGACUGGAAAGCCGCCAGCAAGUACUUUUUGGACAAGUUCCGCGCGUUGAACCGAAACACCGAGAAGGAAAUCUAUGGCCACUUUACGAACGCGACCGACACGAAUUUGCUGAAGAUCACCAUGGGCUCCGUCCAGGAUAUGAUCAUCCAACGCAACCUCAAGCAGCUGAUACUAUAA